CGUUGACAAAACAGUUAAUAGCCAAAACCUCGCAAUGGCUUGUUUACUUUUUACUAUUUUUGCGAUUUUCGCCACUUUUUGUUUGACGCUUUCAGCAGAGAGUGUCACCGAUGGUCCGCUCAUUAAGGGUUUAAAUUACACGCCCGACUAUCCGCGCAGUUGUGCUGAGGCGGUGACCGGCAUAGCACAGAGUGGUAUUUAUCGCUUAUAUUUACCCGGUUGGCUGGAACAUCCCUUCUAUGUGUAUUGCUUGAGAGAUCCUAACGGUGGUGAGGCUUGGACGGUGGUCCAACGGCGGCAGAGCGCACUGGUGAAUUUCUAUCGCAAUUGGUAUGAAUAUCAAACCGGUUUUGGUAAUUUAGAAGAUAAUUUCUUCAUCGGCUUGGAUAAGUUGCAUGCAUUGACACAAGUAAAAGUUCAAGAAUUGUGGAUUGAAAUGAAGGACUAUACGGGCACCGCCGUUUAUGCGAAAUACGAAAGCUUUGCUGUCGGCGGUGAGGAUGAGAAGUAUGCGCUGAAUGUUUUGGGUAAAUACUCAGGUACAGCUGGUGAGUCAUUAAAAGGUUUCCAUGAUGGUCAAAAGUUUAGUACCUAUGAUCAGGAUAAUGAUGAGUAUAAGGACAAUUGUGCGGAGAUUUGGAAAGGCGCUUGGUGGUACAAGGAUUGUUGGUGGAGUAAUUUGAAUGGCAAGUACAACCAAACUCUAUUCUGGAAUGGACGUUAUCCAAAUUCCAUGAAGUAUACGCACUUAGCGAUAAGACCGAGGAAAUGAGCUUCCAUAGAGCAAGUGGACUUUAGUGAAGCACAUGCUUCAGUGGUUUUUUAUGAUUUACGAAGUACGUUUGUUAAUAUAAAGGAUUUAAAAAUAUCAUAUCCGCAAAAUAAAAAAUGUUUGUCUACA